UGAAGCCGUCCUCAUCGUCAUCAUCUCGUCCCCCCUCUUCCCGGCGCGGCGGUUGCUCUCCAGCCAUGGCCGCCGCCGCCGCCGCCGCCGUCGCCUGCGGCAUGUCUACGUCCUUCCUCAUCCGCCUCUCGCCUUCGCCGCCGGCGUCUUCCCACGUGCCUCUCCCUCGGUCUCCGGCUUCGUCGGCGCGCCCGCGGCGAGCGUCUUCCGUCUCCCUCUCCACCGCGCCUAGGCCGAGGGCACGCGCCGCCGGCUCCGACUCUCCCUCCAACUUUGGAGGUCAAACAUCACUGAUGCCACCAUUCAGCCUUAUGCUUGAUGAAGGCUCUAGAUCUAAAAAGCCAUAUAGAUGGCAAAGGGUGUUGCUUAAAGUAAGUGGGGAGGCUCUUGCUGGAGAUCACACAGAAAAUAUUGAUCCAAAGAUCACGAUGGCAAUUGCAAGAGAGGUUGCUUCUGUCACCAGACUAGGUGUAGAGGUUGCUAUUGUUGUUGGUGGCGGCAAUAUCUUCCGCGGGGCCUCUUGGGCUGGAUGUAGUGGACUCGACCGCUCAUCAGCAGAUUACAUUGGCAUGUUGGCUACUGUGAUGAAUGCCAUAUUUCUUCAAGCAACAAUGGAGAGCAUUGGAAUACCAACCCGUGUCCAAACUGCAUUUCGUAUGUCAGAAGUUGCAGAACCAUACAUACGCCGAAGAGCUGUCAGGCAUUUAGAGAAAGGAAGAGUUGUUAUAUUUGCUGCUGGUACAGGGAACCCAUUCUUUACAACUGAUACAGCUGCUGCUCUUCGUUGUGCAGAAAUCAAUGCAGAGGUAGUACUUAAGGCAACAAAUGUUGACGGUGUGUACGACGCAGACCCCAAGCGUAACCCAAAUGCCCGCCUUCUUGAGGCUGUGAGCUACCAUGAGGUGCAAACAAGAGACCUCUCAGUAAUGGACAUGACUGCCAUUACGCUAUGCCAAGAAAACAACAUUCCUGUUGUCGUGUUUAAUUUGCAAAAACCUGGAAAUAUUGCGAAAGCUAUUGUUGGUGAGAAGGUUGGCACGUUUAUAGGCUGCACAAAAGAUCAGGACCAGAUUGUGGGGAAUGCACUGGAUCAAGAAAGAAGAUUGGUGAACGAGUUAUGAUUUCACUGGAGCUCUCUGUCGCUAGCUGUGUAGCUGCAUUGCCUAUUGCUUGGUAACAUGUGGAUCUCUAGAGUUUUUAGGCUAGAAUAGCUUAUCCAAAUCCUGGUUCCUUGUACAACCUUUGAGCAAAAAUAAAAAAACCAAUGGUAACAGAGAUUUUCCAGCUGAUAUAGCUGCUAUGUUGUCAUACUAUGUACAAUGGAAUCUAGAGCAAUCUGAUAAAUCACAUUUAUAUCUUAAAAUCA